ACCACUCUUGACUUUUUUGCCACAUUAACUGAAAAAACUGAUACAUCUACAGCAUCGAAGAAACUCACCAAGUCAACUACUCGUACUAAAAAAAUGAGUACAAGAGUCGCGAACAAAUCUAGUGAAACUUUUACCCUCAACAAGUCUCGUCGUACUAAAAAUAAUUUGAUUGUAUUGGAAGAGGGAAGCAAGCGAAUUCCGCUUGUUGUCCUUCCUCCUAAUAUUUCUAAUAGUACUUCAAAUGGUCAGAGGCAACAACAUAGUUCAAGUCACAAAGAAAACCUUGUUAAUUUAAAAGAAGAAAAGCAACGCAAAGAUACUUAUUCUCACCACUUGACUGAUAAAAAAACUACUAACAAGAAAAGUGAUUCGGUUACUUCGCUUGAUGACGUAUUUGAUUUGAAAGAGGUGGGAAAUGAUGAACAUGCUACGACGACACAUUUGGAUGAGAAGCGUGCAAUUGGUAAAGAUAAAAACUAUGAAAAUUUAGACGCUUCAGUUAAUGAAUUGAUAAAGAAUUUGCGCAGUCAUUAUAAGGUUGGCGCAAAAUCGAAAAAGAUAAAUGAAAAGAAAAUCCACCAGCAAGAAGAAAUUCUGUCAAACAAAUUAAAGAACCUCUUGAAAUUCCACCUCGAAAAAAUUUGCCAGAUUAUAGAUGAAAAUGAAAACAACAACAAUCAUCUCGAAAAGGAAUACAUAGAGAGGGAAAAGGUUAAAGAAGACUUGGAAAGUUCGAGUUUGACACCAGAUCAAAAAGCAACAUCAAUCCUAUCAAACGAUCCAAGCGAUUCUUCAAUCCAAUCUUUACCGCCCCCGUUAAAAUUGUCUUUUGAGUUGCCAUCCUCUUUUCAACGGAAAGAUCACGAAAUUCAAUACAGUUAUACUCGUUCGGAAGAUAUACUGAAGAAUCCUAAUUAUGGAUUUUCCAGGAAUUUAGACGAUGAUGAGGUUCCUCUUGCGGGUGAAAAAGAAAGAAUAUAUUUCCAAAAUCAUCAUGACAAAUCGAGCAUCAACCAAUUUAACAUUAGUUCGGUGAAUAAUCAGAUCAUAAAAGAGCAACAGUCGUCUACAUUAGAAGUUGACGAUAAACAACCGCAAAGUGUAUUUUCAGAGAAGCAAAUAGGUGAAGCUCCUCAAGCUCUAAGCAUGCCUAAGAUAGUGAAAAAAAAUAAGAAAAAAGAGUCUAUCGAAUUAUUAAAACCGAAUUUCCAGGGAAAUGUAAAAAAUUCAGUAAUACCAGACGAAGGUAUUCCAGAUUAUACUCAUAUGACCUUGGAAGAGUUGAAGGUAGCGGUAUCAAAAUACGGAAUUCGACCAAGUUCUAGAAAUAUCAUGAUAAAACAGCUUCAGACUCUAUGGGAGAGCUUAAGUAAGAUUAAUACAGGAAACUUGGAUACAUCUAACUCUGUUAGUCGUCGAGCUAAUAUCUUAUCUGAACGACAGAAAAAACAGUCAGCUGAUCCCAUUAUUAAAUCUGUUGUCACAUAUGACGAUGAGAAGAACGACGAAGCUCUUUCUGAAUCCAGUAGUGAUGAUGAUGACCUGCCGCUUCUAGAUCUUAUUGAUUCUUUUGACAUCAUGAGCGGUGAAUAUCCAUUAGAAGAGGACAUAGCCAAACAAAUCAACGAUUAUAUAUGCUCGAACAAACGAUUAUGGCUGAGCAUACUAGAAUAUCAAGAUAUUAACUUCGACCAAACUUUGAGAGAUCUCAAUAAUGCAGGAAUUAAUUGCAACUCAAGUCAGUUACGUGCUUUCAUGGAUAGUCAAGCAAUUAUCUCAAAGUCAAAUGAAGGCACGAAUAAAUGGAAAUCAAAAAAGAAAACGCCUAAAGCUAGAGCUAAAAAAAUUAAUGGGAACAAGAAUGCAUUUAAU